AUAUCAUAAUCCAAAUCCGUGACCGAAACUUAAUCCACGUCCUAUUCGCCUCAUAAAUUUACAGCUCUAAGUGAGCUGAAGCUAUUCCUUGGCGUUCUUUCAAUCCACCUAUUCCGACAUGGGUUACGACGAAUCCUCUCCAGACAAGCGACGAGCCUCACGGAGCGAUGGAGAAGAUGCUUACGAACGUGACAGGCGCAGCCGAAAUACACGUCGCGAUGACUCGAGAAGAAGAUCCCGCGACAGAUCUGGAAACAGAAAACGCCCCCGACGUUCACGGUCCCCAAUCGAUGCGCCUCGGCGUAGAUCGACAUCCCGGGACCGUGACCGCGGUAGACGAAGCGAGCAUAGACAGAGACGCCCACGCGACUACGACGAUAAACAUAACGAAAGAGGCUCGCACCGCCGCCGGGCACGAGACGACGACCACGAUGACCGAGACCGAGGUGGCAAACAAGUCGUGAAGCGAAAUGGCCCACUGCCCUCCCAAGCUGAUUCAUUUGCUGUCACCCAGGGCGAAGAACCACCAAAGCCAAAAGAGAAACCCAACUAUGGGAACACGGGCGCAUUGGCCGCUGCUUCAAAUUCAGUCAUUCAAUCGGAUGGAUCUAGGAUAGUACUGAAGUACCACGAGCCUCCCGAAGCCCGCAAAGCAUCACCGAAGGACCAAUGGAAGUUAUUCGUAUUCAAGGGCGAAGAUAUCGUCGAUACCGUACCCCUUAGUAGCCGUAGCUGCUGGCUAGUUGGUAGGGAAAUGGCCGUGGUAGAUCUACCCGCCGAACACCCUAGCAUCAGCAAACAACAUGCUGUUAUACAAUUCCGAUACAUUGAAAAACGCAACGAGUUUGGCGACAAGAUUGGUAAAGUGAAGCCAUACUUGAUUGACCUAGAAAGCGCCAAUGGCACUAUGCUCAAUGGGAAGAAGGUGCCCGAGAGCCGAUACCUAGAACUUAGAGAGAAGGAUAUGGUUCAGUUCGGCCAAAGCACCCGCGAAUACGUACUAAUGCUCGCCCCGAAGGACUAAGGUUGACAGGCUGCCGAACAAAGAACACGGUCCCUCGUGUCAAUUACACAUGAGCUAUUCUUGUUACGCUAUUCUGUGCAACUACGCCGUGUGUCCGGUUAGGGUAGGGCAAAUGAUGGCGCAGACAAUCACAAAAUCGACCUCAACCGG